AUGGUGACACGCAAUCCACGAUUGCCGUUAUUACCCGGAUAUGGCACAAAUCCAAUGAUUGGCAAAACAAGCUUUGGGGUGCGACCCAUAUUUACUUCAAUUGAUAAAGUAAAUAUGUUAGUUGAUAAGGCAGAGGGCGUAAACCGGGUGCCAUCCUUAUACUGUCGAAAACAAGCACCAGAUCUUCCCACAUGGAUUAUGUAUGAUAAGCAUAUAUUGCGGUUUCAAGCGUUUUUUCAACAAACGUUACACGAAAUGCGUUCAGGUGCUCGAAUACUGCGUAAAGUAGAAAUUUUGUUCUUUCUCGAAGAUGGCACGAUAAAAGUUAUUGAACCAAAAACUGAGAACAGUGGUUUAUCACAAGGUACCCUUAUAAGUCGUCAAAGAAUACGACUUCCAUUUAGUACCGACUUGUACUAUGACGUUCUUGAUUUGAAUAUAGGACGUGAGGUCACUUUUUACGGAAAAGUGUUCAAGAUUGUUAAUUGUGACAACUUUACAAGAGUGUUCUUGAAUCGUCUUGGCAUUAACAUUCCUGAUCCAAUUCCUUGGCCUGAUGCUAUUGAGAGAGCUCCAGAUACCUCGAAACCUCCAAAACAUCGUCCUUUUCGCCAGUUUCUAGAUUUUGAUAGACAAGUUCUGAGAUUUCAAGGUUAUUGGGAUGAUCGUGAUUCAGAAUUCGGCACCAUACAUCAUUUGGAAAUUCAUUAUUUUUUGGCUGAUGACACUAUGGAAAUUAAAGAAGUUCUUCCACCCAACUCGGGUAUGGAAGCCGGACCUAUGUUUUUAAAAAGAAUGCGAUUGCCAAGGAAAAUUCCACCGCACAUAGAAAUGACAGGAGGUCCGAAACACGCCUCGUACACUCCUGCGGAUUUGAGCAUCGGCGCCGUAGUUAAUGUGUACGGGCGCAAAGUGAUACUUACAGAUUGCGAUCCAUUUACUAAGGAGUAUUAUCGUGUUACUUAUGGAUUUGAUGCAUUCUCUCCUUUGUCUUUACCGAAAGAUGAAAGUAGUGAAUGUAUAACAACGAAUAUGUCAACGCGUCAAUUGCCACCUUGGAACGGUUACGGUUCGUAUGAAGAUUCCGCGGAAAACUGCAGGACUGUUGAGCCGAAGGCGCCUCAUAGGGAUUUCAUUAAAUUUCUAAAUAAGGACAGAAUCGGAUUUGACUCUCAUAUUCUCCGCUUCGCAGCGAGACUAAUCAGCGACGAUCCUGUAGACCAACGACGCUACUUUAUAGUAAAAUACUUUUUGUGUGACGACACCAUUGGUGUUUUUGAACUUAGUGAACGUAAUUCAGGGUUUAGUGGAGGAAAGUUCUUUAAACGCGAUAAAAUGUAUUUACCAAACGUUGAUUUCUUCGUUCCAAAUGAGCCUCCGUCAUAUACAGACAAAGACAUGUGGGUCGGCAACGAAUUGGUGAUAAACAAACACCAUUUCCGACUCAUUGCGGCUGAUGAAUAUGCUUUGAGAUACAUGGAAUUAAAUUCGAAUGAGUAUCCUAUGGCCAAUGUAGCGUUGAUAAUGGACAAAAUAAGACGCACACUCGCGUCUCAAGAGAAUGGCUACAAGAGUUUUGUGGCAAAGUAUAUGGAAGCCGUGUUACCAAAUAAAAGAGAUCUGAUGUCUGUUAGAUGCUUCAAGCAAGCAUUAAAAGAAAUAAUGUGCGAAAAAAUAACCGAACACGAAUUUAUAACUCUAAUUAGAUAUUUUCGCGGUGAUCUCGGGAAAGAAAAGAGUCCACGGCGUGAAAUGAUAAGGUCUUUGGUAUUCACGGAGCUGACAAGAGGCCUUUGGGAUGACAGGGCGCGUCUCCAAGAGGGCCUCAUACACGCAGAUGUUGACGGUUCCGGCGUGUUGUCUGUAGAGAGGAUCCGACAGAUCCUUCGAUCUCAUAGAUUGCCCAUUAAUUGCGAUCUUAUGGAUUGCAUGUUGCAAGUUUUGGAAAAAGAUGACAACUGUAACAUCCAAUACGAGGAUCUCAUGAAGUUUCUAAACUUCCAAACACAACCACUCUUCAAUCUUACUGAAGAGGAUUAUCUUAGAAUUGUCCGCCACGCGCCGCCUGUUAAAGAUACUGAGUGUAAGUUGUGGGCGGAGGCGGAGCAUCUAAUAAACGAAGGCUUUGUAAAUUGGAAUGCAUUCCUAUGUCAACUAAACCUUGAACAUCUUGUUAAGGAGCAAACAAAU